AUGUCGGCUGGGUGGACCACUUACUCGGUGAGCCACACUGGGGAUGAGGACGGUCUUCUCUCUACUAGUGAAGAUGUACCCGCCUGCGCGUCUUGCAAGAAGCGAAAACUACGCUGUUCCCGGGAAACACCAACGUGUUCGCAUUGUAUGAGGCUCUCAACCGAGUGCGUGUACCAGCCCAAGCAGAAGCCUGGUCUGAAACCGGGGGCCGUGGAGGCGUUGACUCGCCGCGUGGCAUUCCUCGAAAAUAUACUACUGGACAAUGCUGGAAACGUUCGACCACAGUACCAUGCUGAUGAAGUAGCGCAUAACGGUCAUGGUCUCCUUCACGAGAACGGCGGGACGGCAGUUGCUCUCCAGGCCCAAGAAAACGUCCGUCACACUGAGGUUCCUAUUGGCCAUCGCCGCCAUGCGAGUGAUACAUCAAAAAAUGAUAAUGAAUUUCACGAAGAAGACAGAUCCGCUACGAAUCCAUUGAAGCGGAAACUCAAUCAACCCCUUGUCGAAACCUGGCUCUUCACCCUUCAACAAAUCGACAUUGCCCAGCACUUGCCGUCUCAGCUUCUCCUCGAAAAGGUUGCGGAUUUCUUCUGCAUCUCGUUCCAUCACUGGAUUCCUUAUAUCCACAAGCAGAGGCUUCAGACACGCGUCCGCGAAGGCUCUAGAGAUGCUGGCCUGGAUUUGGUCCUUCAUGCCUUGGUAGCCGUUUCGUUACGGCACAUGGAUCCUAUGGAGCUCUUCAUGGACACCGAUCAGAUUCUUCAACAGACAAGAAUUUCACGCUUGAUCGUGGAGAUGCACUCGAUACGUAGUGUGUCGGUUGAGAGCUUACAGGCACUUAUCUUUGUUGUGUUUGAUUAUCUCAACGAUGGCCAGACUCAAAAAGCCUGGCCACUGAUAGGUUCACUUACGAGGACGAUUGAUUACUUGCAAUUAACUACUGAGCCUACCACGUCGCAUUCGGGCUCUCUCAUGACGCCUGUGCGUCUUGUACCGCCUUCGAGUGACUGGACAGAACUAGAAGAGCGUCGAAGGCUCUUUUGGAUUAUUUUCCUGCUCGAUCGUUUCUGCUCUGUAUCCACCGGUUGGAAUACUAGCCUUACAGCUGAUGACGUUCACAGAAGACUGCCUGCAGAUGGGGGUUACUUUACCCGGGAGGAACCUGUGACCACGCCAUACUUCGGCAUCUGGAACAAGGCAGCCGCUCGAAUUGGACGAUCACUAGCAAAUUUACCUGCUCAAUACAAUGAAGAAGAUCCAGCGGUGGAACAGCCGCAAGGCGCUAGUCCAAAUUCUGCAAACGGCUAUAUCGAUGCCUCCAAACUAGGCGCAUUUGCUUACUGCGUCGAGGCAACAGAGUCGCUCAGCCAAGUGACAACCUUUUUCCUGCAACAGAGGAUAAACUGGCAAGACAAAGAGCAUGCAGUUAGCUGGCUGACGCGCUUCAAGGAAUUGGAUCUGAGGCUGGUGCAGUGGAAGCUGUUCCUUCCUCCAAGAUGGAAGGAUUCGAAUAUUUCAUCGGAUAGAGCUGUUGUCGAUAUGGAUCCAAAUCUCACGCUUGCACACAUCACCCAUAACACAUCGAUGAUACUACUACACCACCCGGUUGCGUACCCUCCGAAAAGCUGGAACGACUACGUCGCGUUACCAAAGGACUGCAGCGCCCAAACCUGCGAACUUGCCGCUGUGGAAACUUCAAACAUUGUGGACAAGUUCCUUGCACAUAGUCCCAUCCCAUUCGUCAAUGUGCAAUUUUCGUUUUGCGCGUUUGUUGCUGCUAAAGCCUUACUUUUCGAACACCAAGCCAAGCAUCAACCUCUCCGACCGGAAUUCGAACGCUUGACUCGUGACCUAUGGGAAAUGUCAAAGAGAUGGAAAGGAAAGACCCAGAGCAUUGGCGAUGAUCCUUCAAAUCUAAGAACUUGCAAUCAAGCUGGCAUGUAUGCUCAUCACCUCGAGCGACUCCGUGAAGCUUGUCAACACGAUGCACAGUUCAAGAUUGACUUCUACGACUACUCUGGGCUAACUAUAGAACACAAGAAAUAUGCAAGUCCUAGAUAUACGGCCACACCACACCACUGUCUUGAAAACCUUGCAGACAGCCAUUCUCUCAUGACGAGCCGUGCGCGCCAAAAUAGCUUCAGGAGCUCCCAAUCAGCGCUCAGCCCAAGACAAAUACCGCCCACUACUACGACUGGCUCCGCGGCCGUACCGUCUACAGCAAGACACGAUCAGCUUCACAACUGUCCACCACUAAAUCAGACUUUGUCUCCAAUCGGAGUAUGUUCAACUUAUCCAGCAUCGGAAGCAGCGGCUGGCCACACCGGUCAUGGGCAGCGCCUCUAUCAAGUUGAUGCAAAUCCCGCGUCGAGGCCUGUUCCACGCCACAAUCCUUUCCACACAGCCAUUGAAACUCAAAGCCUUCAAGAUCAAUCCCUGCUUAAUCUUUCCGAUGCAUUCAUGGAUUCAGACUUUCUGGACAUGGAUCGAGUUAUCACUUUUGAGGAUGCAAAUUUCAUAUUACCCGGAGACGCAUUUAGAUGGCAGUGA